UCGGAAUCCACUGGCAAUGUAAUCCACAUUCCUAGACAUCACGCUAGUAGCGCUAGAUCCAGCAUAGUUAAAUCUAGUGCAUCCACUGUGUUUGUGAUGAGGCGGGAAAUGGCGUCCACAGAGCCCGUCGGUGGUAUAUGGUCCUAAACACAGCUGACAGCCAGACCUCUCUCUCGGUGGCCGCACCGUUGCGGCUACCAGUGGACAGGCCAGCCGCGAGUUUCGUUACGAGUUUCUUGGACCAUCGGAUGAUGAGGCUGAGAGUGCGGAAGGCUUCUCAGCAGCCCAAAUCCAAACCUGGUCCCAAACCCAGCCCCGGCCGUCCAGCCUCAGACCCCCGCCCAGCCCAGGCCAAGAGGAAACACUGCGAGGUGGAGCCUCCGGCCAGGAGAGGCCUCAGGAUGCAAAAGAAUGAGACCGGCCUGUUCUCCACCAUCAAGAAGUUCAUCAGGGGAAAUGCUGUCAAGGUAGAGCAGGACAUCCCAGCUAAGAGACGUCGUAUUGAUUGUAAAGUGGACAGCAGCAACCUGAUCACGUCUUCUCCUCACCCUCCCAACAAAGCCAUCCCCAGGGUCUGCGGGGGAGGAGCUAACAAACCUGAUCCAAUGACGUUGAACAGUAAGCCCCUGAAGCCCAACGGUAAGCUGGAGGUUCCAGUGGAGGUCCCCAGUAGCCCACCUCGCACCACUCUCCUGGGGACCAUCUUCUCUCCCGUCUUCAACUUCUUCUCGCCUGCUACCAAGACCGCCGCUCCUGAUUCUGGGUCCCCAGGGCAGGAGGAAGAGACCCCCACCUGUAACCCCACAUCUGCAGAGGGCAUCGUGCUGUCCCCUGUUGCCCCAGUAGCACUACCGUCGCCACAGGCUCCUCUGGCCAUCCCAGAACCGCCGGUCCAAGAAGGGGAGAUGGUUACGGAAACUGAUAUGCCCCCUCUAACAGCUCCGGGGUGCACCUCUGUCAGCUGUUACCCCCACGCCCCUCACACGGCCCCUGCAGAGGGCAGCUACGAGGAAGACUGGGAAGUUUUUGAUCCGUACUUCUUCAUCAAGCACGUGCCUCCGUUGACCGAGGAGCAGAUAGCCCGCAAACCAGCACUGCCUCUUAAAACGCGCAGCACACCAGAGUUCUCCCUGGUCCUAGAUCUGGACGAGACGUUGGUUCACUGUAGUCUGAAUGAGCUGGACGACGCAGCCCUGACCUUCCCUGUGUUGUUCCAAGACGUCAUAUACCAGGUGUAUGUGCGGUUGAGGCCGUUCUUCAGAGAGUUCCUGGAGCGCAUGUCUCAGAUUUACGAGAUCAUUCUGUUCACUGCCUCUAAGAAGGUGUACGCGGAUAAGCUGCUGAACAUCCUGGACCCAAAGAAACAGUUGGUCAGGCAUCGGUUGUUCCGGGAGCACUGUGUAUGUGUUCAAGGAAACUACAUCAAGGACCUGAACAUUCUUGGAAGGGAUCUUUCAAAGACUAUAAUAAUCGACAAUUCACCUCAAGCCUUCGCCUAUCAGCUUUCCAAUGGGAUUCCCAUCGAGAGCUGGUUCAUGGACAGGAAUGAUAACGAGCUCCUCAAGCUGGUUCCUUUCCUGGAGAAGCUGGUGGAGAUGAAUGAGGACGUAAGGCCUUACGUCAGAGAGCAGUUUCGUCUUCAUGACCUCCUUCCUCCAGACUGAUAUGUGAUUGGCUGACCCAGCAGGGUAACCCAUAGAAAUGGAAUGUAUAUUAUAUGACAAUAUUAGUUCUAAUUCUACGGGCUAACCCUCCAGUACGUGGAGAGGAUGCCUUCCGUUCAACACGGUGGAGAUGAGGAGAAUCAAAGUUCAACUGACUGAGGAUGUUGUUCGUGUGGAUCUGUCUACAACUACAGCGUUGCCACUACCAAUGAAAAUGUGUACAAAAAAAACAACAACAAAAUACCAUUACAGAGGGACAUUUGUACUAAACAACUACAAAACAUAUUUUGAAGCUAUGUAUACGUUUUGUAUACUCAAACUAAACUGUACCCCCAGAGUAGAGCAGUCCCCUUGUAUUAUAAAAGACUUCUGUCUGGAAGGACCUCUUGUCUACUCUUGAAAGCAGGGUUGUGUUCAUUAGGGCUCGAACGUUACAAAACAUUUAGCAACGGGAAUGAAAAUGUGCGUUUCUCAUUGGACAACUCCAGGUAGAACGGUCUCCAUUUCAGGAACGUUUUCUUCGUUUUGGUGCCUAAUGAACACGAUCCUGGCAACUUUCUGUGAGAUAUUUUCUCAUCUGCAGCUACAGUUAUGGACUGACGGAACUGAAUGUCAUGCAGUAUUUGAUGUGUGAGAGGACCUGACUGCUCCCGACUCAUUUUAACAGGAACGGGCAGUCAAACCUGUAUAAUAUACACACUUAAUUACAUGUAUAUAUGACAUGUAUAUAUUUUUUUUUUCUUCGUGUUUUUUAAAUUUAAUUUUAGUAAUUCUUUUAGCUGACUGCUUCUUUUACUCUUUUUAUUAAAACAUUUUUUUUUUAAACCUUCAAAAAAAGUAUUUGUUUUGAAGUUGAUGCUGCUGUUCUGUUGUCUGCCUGCAAAUUUUUGCAUCCCAAAUGGCACCCUUUUCCCUACUGUAUAUAGUGCAUUCCUUUUGACCAGAGCCCUACGGGUCAAAAAAUAGUGCACUGUAAAGGGAAUCGGACGCAUACUUGUUUUCUAGUCUUGCUUUUUAUGCUCCAUUAACUGCUGUUAUGUGGUCUCUGUAACAAGGUUCAGUUAAAAAAAAUAUAUUUGGCAGGACAUUUUUUAUGAAAUCAUUAUGUUUUUAAGGUUAUGUAAUGUAGAAUGUAGUAUAGUGUUUAACUUGAAGACCCUUCAACAAGCCGUAACGAUGGCCUGGAAUAUUAAUUUAGAUCAUGUAUAUUUGAGAUUUCACCCCUUAAAAAUGUUGGAAAGACCCUUCUGUUUUGGGG